CAGCAAUUUUCAGCAGUGCCAGAUGAGUCAAUAGGAAUUAAUGUUCAGUCAUCCCAAGAGAAUUAUAGAUUCUACAACGACGUCAUACCACCCUCUACUCCAAUGAAACGAGAUAAUAAAUCAUAUGAUAUGGAUAGAUUAUCGAAUAGAAAUGUAUUGGGAUUAGAUGAUCAGAAUGACUUUAAAUCAUCGCCGAAUACAUUCAACUCUGAACAAUUGGUCGAACAAAGAAACGAUGAACAAGGUGUAAUGUUAAAAGAGAAAACAGAGACAUUAAAGAGAAUUAGUAUAGAUAUUGAAUCACAGGUCAGAGAAAGUAAUUCAUUGCUGGAUGAUUUAACAGGCGAUCUAUCAAAUGCACAGGCUUUACUUUCAAACUCUAUGAAGAAACUAUCGCAGUUGGCACAGACUGCAACCAGUAGACACAUGAUGUAUUUAAUAUUUUUCGUUGUAUUCGUAUUCUUUUUGAUCUAUUAUAUUAUUUCUUGGGGAAAGAAACCAUCUUCAUAA